ACAAAGCAGUCAAAGCAGAAUGGACGUUUACCGGGACAGACGCGCUUUGUUAAUGUUGCAAUUGUCUGUUUAGGUGGAGAGAUAUAGAGAGGAUAUAUGGAGAGAGAUGGGAAAAGUAUUGAGCGCCCACGAACUGAGGGGAUAUAAUAGUGCGCGUGCUGGGGCAGUGUUUAUCCUUAAUCCCAUUUCCUUAUCCGGGGUUCCUCCUGGAUGCGCGCCAUUGGUCGACUGUAGUCACGUGGCGUCUUAACUUUGUUCACUUGACAGAAAAGUAGGAGGGUUCAACGGAACAGCAAUAACCGAAGAGUAAAGGGAUGAGAUAUAAAUUUUAGUUAUAUAUUUUCCGAGUAGGUGUAGUUCCACAAAAAGACUGAAAUUAAUGGCCAUGAGCUCCUAUUUGAUCAACUCCAACUAUGUGGACCCCAAGUUUCCACCCUGCGAGGAAUACUCACAGAGCGACUAUCUGCCCAGUCACUCUCCGGAUUAUUAUAGCUCCCAGAGAGAGGAGCCUGCUGCCUUUCAGCCGGACUCUCUCUAUCACCACCAUCAGCACCAGAACCACCACCAGCAGCAGCGAGCCGAGCCGCCAUACACACAGUGCCAGCGUGCGUCGCAGACCGCUUCAGUGGUGAUGUCCCCGCGGGGUCAUGUUGUCGCCCCGACCGGACUGCAGACCACACCACUCCCGGAACAGAGCCACCGCUGCGACUCCGUAACACCAAGCCCGCCUCCACCUCCGUCUUGCGGUCAAACACCCCACAGCCAAAGUAGUUCUUCCCCAGCAAGCACUCGUAAGGACCCUGUAGUGUACCCGUGGAUGAAGAAAGUUCAUGUAAACAUUGUGAGUUCAAACUACACGGGGGGUGAGCCGAAGCGCUCGCGGACGGCCUACACGCGCCAGCAGGUUCUGGAGCUCGAGAAGGAGUUUCACUACAACCGGUACUUGACUCGCAGGCGCAGGGUGGAGAUCGCGCACACGCUGUGCCUGUCGGAGCGGCAAAUAAAAAUCUGGUUCCAGAACCGGAGGAUGAAAUGGAAAAAGGACCACAAGCUGCCCAACACCAAGGUCCGCUCUGGGACCGGCAGCAACAACACAAACUCCCAGGCUCUAACCGGAUCUCAGAGCCGUUCUUCCGGACUGCUAUAGCCCAGUUCUUUGGCUGUUUGUGUGAUAUAUUUGUCCUUCCCCUUUUGCGCCCUGAAUCCCACACUGAAGAGAAGGGGCACCCACGCUUGUAACCACCGGAACCUGCACUUUGGACCGGAAUAAUCUUUGCUUUGGAGUAGGGAGAGCUGUCAUAGCCGCCUUUCUGGCACUGACCUGCGCUGAUAUUACUCACCAUAAUAUUACGUUAUAAUGUAAAAAGGGGUGAAAGGGGUAAAUUUCCUUUCUAUAUGAAAAUGAUCAAAAGUAGCCGAAGGAGAUGCUUUCACCCGGUUUCCUUCUCUGCCUUCCUCUCUGAGCUUUUCUUUUUAUAACCCUCUCUCUCUCUCUCUCUCUCUCUCUCUGAGCUCUAUCUAUCUAUCUAUCUAUCUAUCUAUCUAUCUAUCUAUCUAUCUAUCUAUCUAUCUAUCUAUCUAUCUAUCUAU